AUGGACUUCGAACAGAAUAUGGAAGUCAGUAAGCCCCAGUGCCCAUUUACUGGUACCGAGAAGCGAAGACCGAUUGACUUCGCGGCUGCAUCGCUGUUGAAUCUCAGACUAAUCGGCUUUAUUCACAUGCGCAGAACAAGAGUCGAUAAAGUCAACGCGGAGCUGGUCACAUUAACCUACGGAACCAUUGUUGCACAAUUAUGUCAAGACUACGAUAGCAACUACCAGGAUGUCAACAAGCAAUUGGACAAGAUGGGAUACAAUAUCGGAAUGCGACUCGUUGAAGACUUCCUAGCCAAGUCAGGCGUUGGCCGAUGCGCCAACUUCCGGGAGACAGCUGAUAUGAUUGCAAAGGUUGGCUUUAAGAUCUUCCUGAACGUCACACCCAUGGUCACAAACUGGACGAGUGACAACACCCAGUUCUCUCUUAUCUUUGAAGACAACCCCCUGGCAGACUUCGUGGAGCUUCCUGAUGAUGGGCGGGCCCAGGAUGAGCUAUGGUUUUCCAAUAUUCUGUGUGGUGUCCUCCGAGGGUCCCUAGAGAUGGUUCAAAUGCAGAUUGAGGCACACUUUGUCAGUGAUGUAUUGCGCGGAGAUGAUACCACUGAGAUGCGGGUCUCCCUCGUACGAUACAUAGAGGAUGAGAUGCCACCGGAGGAAGAGUAA